AUGUCUACAAUAAAUAUAAAGAAAAAGUGCCCUGAAGGAAGAAGUCCGGGUACAUGUCAGGAUGAUGGAGUUGUACAGGCUACUAAGGGGAAACUUCCAGCCCCUGUUGCAGACUAUGAGUAUGUUACCCACGAUAUGUCCAAGAUCACAUGGACAGGAGAACUCACCUACGAUGGAACAUCUCUUCAGAUAAAACAUGGUAAUGGAAACUAUACUUCAUUUUCCCAAGAAUAUCCUAAUCUCCAAGAAGUAACCACAUAUUACUAUACAAAAGGUACAUAUAAUAAGGAUGACAUAGAUGUGCCCCUUGUCCUCAGAGUUCAUAGUAUAGGAAGACCAUAUUACUUGUACCUCAACAUAGGUGGAGAUCAUACAAAAUGGGAACAAGUUCCUCUGAGUGAUGACUUUACAAUUCAUACAGACCAUGCUACAAAUCCAGUGCUAACUAGUAGAUUAAAGAAUCAAGCAUGCAAACUCCAUAAUCUUGACUCUGUCGACAUUUAUGAAGACAAAAAGUAUUCUUGUCCAUGUGGUAAGACAAAUGUUACUGUUGAGCAAGAAGGUACUGUUCCCUGGUAUAAAAAGUACAGACAUUCAUAUGAUACUAAUGCAAACUCCGUUAGGUACAAAGAUGUUGUUCUUGAAUGGAAAGAUGAUGAAAGUUAUACUCCUGUUCCACUUAGCAAAGACAUUCAUCAUCUCUCUGUUUACUACUGGGAGAUGGAUCUGCAACGAACCAAACCUCUUGUGAUGGAAGUUGCUGUAGGUAACUUUGGAGAUAUACCUAUUCCUCUGGGAAAUGAUGGAGAAAAAAGUAACCAGAGGUGGACAAUGAUCCUUGAUGAGGAUGAAUUUCAACUCGGAGAACCUCUGACUGAAAAAAUACUCCAUAAACAAACAUGCAAACUUUUCAGACCAACUAUCAUAGAUGUCUCAGCAAAAGAUGGAGAGUAUGAAAACCCGUACUGUAAAAAGAAAAAAUGUGGGACAGAAUGUCCUCGGGAAGUACAAGUUUCUACUUACAAAAAAGUUAAACUAGAUGGAUUUACUGCCAGGAAACACAGCUAUGGGAAUGGAAGAGAAACAUUCACUAUAACUGAUUUCAAAUAUGGACCUUCCAAGGGUCUGGUAAAACUUCCAAUAUUUGAUGUUAAGGAUGUGGUAGUAUUCUUUACCUCUUGUUCUAAUCCCAAUGACAAAGCUACGGGAACACCUCUUCUGAUCUAUGUUAGCAGUCAUGACGGAAAUACUAAGAAGUGGUACAAGAACACUGGUCCAAAGAGUGGAAAUAACUGGGUAGAAGAAGAGGGUAAACUAAAAGGUGAGAGUCUAGAUACUACUUCUAGGAAUGGUAAUCUUGAAAGCGUUCUCAGGAGUAUUAAGGAGAAGCUAGGACUUGAGUGCCCAGAAGAUAAAAUAGCGAGAGAAAAGAAAGAGGCUGAAGAGAGGAAGAGAAAGGAAGAAGCAAGGAGAGAACAGGAAGCUAAAGCUGCUGAAUUCGAACAAGAAUUAUUGAAAGCGGUUGGAAGAGCACUACGUCUUGGAGUAUAUGGAUUAGGUGUAGCUGGAUUUACUACCGCAGAUCUAGCUCAUAACCUGGUAGAGAAGCUAAAGCACCUGAAUCUAAAAGCGACUAUUAAAUCUAAACCUAUUUCUGCUAAACUUCUUGCUGUUCGAACACUUGAUCCUGAACAUCUUGGACAGAAUGGAGUUCAACGUGAGGAAGUUCCAAAUGCUGACUUAUCUGACCAGGUUCCUGAUACAGAGUCUGAGACUAAGAUGCUCUUGCAAGGUACUCCCGUGGCUCAAAUGGCUGAAGAUGCUAAAGGUGAACAAAUUCCUCAAAAACAAGGUGUUGGUACUUCUCUUACUCAAUCUUCACCUCUACAAGGCAAUCCUGCUGUUACUUGUCCUACUUUCUCCGACACUCCUGGUGCUAUACCUCUUACUUGUGAUUCUAAAACUGGAGAAAUGGCUGCCGCUCUAUCUCUUUAUCAAAGUUCUACUCCUGGUGAAGAACAACAUCUUCCUGAAGGGACUGAACAACUAGAACGAGAAGCAACACAUGCUGAAGAAGAAAAAUCUCUAGCUGGAAGUGGAAAUGAUGAAACUCAAGAAGUAUCUGUCCUUGAAUCUCCAGCUGUUGAUAACCGAACUAGUAAAGCUAUAGAAGCCCUUGGUAAAGUUGAACCUCCCGGAUCUAGAGGGCCCAACACUUUUCUUGGUGAAGAUAGGAGUACAGAAGUUAAAUCUGAAGAUACUCAUUCUGGAGAUGCUGGAGUACUAGCCCCUGAAGAACUUCCUACUAAAGAAGCUAAUGCUCCUUCUCUUCCUCACGGAGAUCCUCCUCAAGAUUCUCAUGAACAAAAGGAUGUUGGAGCUGAAGGUAUACAUCCUCCUGCUCCUCAAACUAAAGCUGCUGCUAUAUCCUCAGUCACUUCUCCUGGAUCUCCUAAUGGAUCUCUUGGCUCUGACUCUAAUAAUAUUAUUGAGACUACCAUCUCUGUAACUACGGGCGUUCUUGGUACUUCUGCCUUGGCUUGUUUUGCUGGAUGGAAACUUUAUAAUCGCUAUAAAGGAGAUCCUUGGGUUAUACAAGUACAUCUUAGAGAUCGUAAAGAGUACUACAGUGUAUGGAUACUGAGGAAGAUAGAGUUCUGA